AGGAUGUGACGUUACGUCUACGCCACAAUUUCUAUUGGCUGAUUCUGGAUAGUGACGCCCAGUCUUCAAGGACCAAUGAACCGCCGGAGUGCGCCUCGUCGCAUCUCUCUCUCUCAGAGGAGGGGUGCACCAGCAGGAGGAGAAUGGAGACAGAGGAAAGCAGAACAGUGGCGAGGCCAAGGCAAAGCACAGGCGAGAGAGGUGGUGGAGGAUGAGAGUUGUGAACAGCAUGGAAAAGAAGCCGUGCCCAUGGGGACCUGCCAGACCAUGUGCCCUGCUCGUGAGCUGCAGGACCGCGAGGUGCAGAACCGCCUUCACCGUUUUGAGAUGUUGGCAGGCACAGAAAGAGAUCGACGGCCCAGGGGAGACCCUUUGCGGGCUGUCAAAGAGUAUUCCAGACCUGCAGCUGGAAAAGACUCAACAAACCCCACUGACCUCCGUCCACCUGCUGUGUUGCUGAAGACUGUGUGUUACCUUAUUGAUGACAUUGCUGCGUCCCCUCGCCUGCACCAAUGGACUGAGGUGUACAGCUUUGUCUUUGAUCGGCUGCGUGGCGUGAAGCAGGACAUGAUCAUCCAGAGGGUUUCUGGGUUGAACUGUGUGGCUAUUUUAGAGCGGACAGUGCGUUUCCUUAUCUAUGCCUCUUAUCGGCUUUGCGGUGAGCCCGUGCGGCUCUACGACCCGCGCAUUAACGACACACACCUACAGGAGAGUCUGAGCUGGCUGUUGGAUUGCUACUCAACUGAAACAGGACCACAUCCCAACCAGGAAGAGUUCCAAGCUCUUGGUCUGCUGUACAACUUGGGUUCAACGCGUGCCACUCAGCACAUUAUGGAGCUCUCUGAACGGCUCCGCAGAUCUCCUGCCAUAACCCUCGCUCUUUCCAUCAACCGAGCUUUUCUGGAGCGAAACCCCGUGCGUAUGCUCCGAUUGGCUCGGAGGUUGAACUUCAUACAGGGCUGUGCUCUGCACCGUCACCUGGUGACGUGUCGAAGAGAUCUACUGCUAAUAUACAGCCACGGAUACUGCAGCCGCAACUGUCGCUUUCCUCUUGACGGACUGGCUCAGCUCUUGUCCUUAGACACGCCACUCGCAGCGCGACUCUGUCAGACGUACGGAAUGGAGGUUAAUCAGGGCAACCAGUUGGUUUUCUCCAAGGCUGCUUUCACUGAGCCAGAGAAGGGGAAACUGCAUUGUAAAAUGUAUCACAACAUAGUAGCAGAGAAACAGAGAGAACUCAGUAUUGGGAACAUCAUUCACGGUUGCAUUUGACAAAUAAAAAGAGUAAAUGAGUAAUACAAGCAAUGCUUGGUACCCGUAGGGUGUGCUCCUGUUCCUCCACAGGGAGAUCAGUGCCACUAAAGUCUAGUUUAAUAACACUUCUGCAGGGGUUUCAUCUUUCUGCUCUUUAUCUUAUUGGAUUUGAGCCUUGGGGCGUCUUUCUAGGACACAUGUUCAACAUAAGGGUCAGGGAUUGAAUGCUGUGCCACGCUCCACCUGAGAAAGGCUGAACUCUGAGAAAUGUCCCCUCUUGGUUCUGGAGGUGCUUUUUUUAAAUUCUGAUCAUGGUCACUCUGUGCCUGAUUUCCAUUAAGAUGUGAAUUUCUUUUAUAUUGUUACCAAUCAUUUUCCUGAUUAAAUGUUAUCUUAAUAUCAUAGUUUUAUUUUUUUUCAAAAUUUCAUGAAAUCUGCUGUGCAACAAUGUUUCAUUUUAUUCUUAAUAAUGCAGUACCUCAGAUGUAUUUAAAUAAAUAUUUUGUUACCUAAAA